GUCAGCGUGGCUGAGGGGGUUAUAUAGAGCCUCUGCUGCCUCUGCUGCCACUGCUGUUUGCUUAAUAGGCUGCUUCUAUCUAAACUUCUGGAAGAGGACAAUACAGGAAAAAAAGCCAACAUGAGACUGUACCUGGCUAUUGCAGCAUUGAUGCUUGUGCUGAUUGCACACUCUGAGGCUGCAGAGGAGCCCACAAUUGAGCAGCAUUUUGCCAACUUCCACGAAAAAAUCAAGGAGCUUGGAGAAAACUUUGGCGAGAAGGCCACAAAUGCCUGGAGGCAGCUAGAGUCUAGCGACUUUUUCUCCAAGUCUUCGGACUGGUUUACUGAGCAGUUUCAGAACAUUAAGCAGAAGUUGGAUGACACCUUUAACAAGCCAGAGUAAACUCUGUAGUCCCCGCCAACGUGACAUCUGAGUCUCCAUGCCUUGUUGUGCCUAAUGGACACAACCAGUUCCCACCUCUACAAAGUCAUGAUCGGCUCAGUGAUGAUCAGUGCAAUAUCUUGUCCUUUUCAAAAGCCAUACCAAUGCUUUCAAAUUCUGAAAAUGUUUCAAUAAGUCCUGGAAAAUGUCAAAACAAUAAAAAAUAACCAAUCCA